GCAGGCUCCUCCCUGGUUUGCGCGUGAGGAGAGGAGAGAAGAGAGCCGUAAACGGGUCAGAGGGGGGUGCGUCGCUCCGAACGAGGAAUCUCAGCUGACCCGGGACCGCCAGACCCGACCGCUGGAUUCCCGGAGGACCGGAGAGAUCACGUCGGGAGGGAGAAGAGGUCUGUAUAAGGAAGCAGGAUGUUCUGCUCGGCGAGGGCCUUCGAGGGGCAACAGCACGCGGCGUUGAAGAGGCAGUGUCUGCAGAGCGGCCUGCUGUUUGAGGACCCUUGCUUCCCCGCCGUGGACGACUCGCUCUUCUACCAGGGCAACCGGAUCGGCCGGGUGGUCUGGAAGAGACCCCGGGAGCUGUGUGAAGACCCUCACCUGUUUGUGGAUGGCAUCAGUGCCCACGACCUGCACCAGGGUCAGUUGGGAAACUGCUGGUUUGUGGCGGCGUGCUCCAGCCUGGCCUCCAGAGAGGCCCUGUGGCAGAAGGUGAUUCCUGACUGGAAGGAGCAGGAGUGGGACACAGAGAAGCCGGACUCUUAUGCGGGGAUCUUCCACUUCCGCUUCUGGCGCUUUGGGGAGUUGGACGUGGUGAUCGACGACAGGCUGCCCACCCUGGACAACCAGCUGGUGUACUGCCACUCGGACGACAGCAACGAGUUCUGGAGCGCGCUGGUGGAGAAGGCCUAUGCCAAGGUGUACGGCUGCAGCGAGGCCCUGGAUGGGGGGAACACGGCGGACGCUCUGGUGGACUUCAGGGGCGUGUCCGAGCCCAUGGACCUGUUGGAGGGCCACAUGGCGGAUGAGGCGGCGCGCAGCCAGCUGUUUGAGAGGGUCCUGAAGGUCCACAACCGGGACGGGCUCAUCAGCUGCUCCAUAAGGGCGACCACGGUGGAGGACAUGGAGGCCAGGCUGGACUGCGGCCUGGUGAAGGGCCACGCCUACGCCGUGACAGACGUGAGGAAGGUGCGGCUGGGCCACGGCCUGCUGGCCUUCUUCAAGUCGGAGAAGCUGCACAUGAUCCGCAUGAGGAACCCCUGGGGGGAGAAGGAGUGGAGCGGACCCUGGAGCGACAGUUCGGAAGAGUGGAAGAAGGUGAGCAAGAGCGAGAGGGAGAAGCUGGGCGUGACCGUGCAGGAUGACGGAGAGUUCUGGAUGACCUUUGACGACUUCUGCCAGUACUUCACGGACCUGAUCCUGUGUCGCCUCAUCAACACGUCGUACCUGAGCCUCCACAAGACCUGGGAGGAGGAGGUGAUGAGGGGCGUCUGGAUCCAGCGGCACGACCCGCUGAGGAACCGCUCCGGGGGCUGCAUCAACCACAAGAACACCUUCCUGCAGAACCCGCAGUACGUGUUUGACGUGAAGAAGAUCGAGGAUGAGGUGCUGAUCUGUCUUCAGCAGAAGGAGAAGAGGGCCACGCCCAAAGAGGGGAAAGGAGAAAACCUGGCCAUAGGCUUCGACAUUCACCGGGUGGAGCUAAACAGGAAGUACCGCAUGCACACGGCCCAGCAGAAGGUGGCGGGCUCCAUCUACAUCAACUCCCGCUGCGUGUUCCUCAGGAAGGAGCUGAAGGAGGGCCGCUACGUCAUCCUCCCCUCCACCUUCGACCCGGGGCAGCAGGGGGAGUUUCUCCUCCGGGUGUUCACUGAUGUGCCUUCAGACUGCAAAGAGCUGACUCUAGACGAGCCCCCCCAGACCUGCUGGACGGGCCUGUGUGGCUACCCUCAGCUGGUCACCCAGGUCCACGUGCUGAGCGCAGAGGGACUGCACGGCCAGGACUCCACCGGAGCCUCGGACCCGUACGUGAUCAUCACCUGUGAGGGGGAGAGGGUUCGCUCCCCCGUGUACAAAGACACGCGGAGUCCCAACUUUGACAUCAAAGGCUUGUUCUACCGCAAGAAGCCCAAAGAAGGCAUCCACAUUGAGAUCUACAACAAGAACGUGAUUGUAGACACCUUCCUGGGUCAGGUGACCGUGUUCAGCGACCCCAACGACCGCCAGGAGCAGCACACCCUGCACCUGCGCGACAAGGGCAAUCGCCAAGACAACGACCUCCCGGGCACGCUCGGUGUGCGCCUCGUCACCCGCACCACGCUCACCAACAUAUGACGUCGGUACCAACUUUGACCCCUCACCCCUUUUGUGUCCGUCGUCUGAGCAUGCCCCCGGUGUGUGUGUGUGUGUGUCCCAGCACCACCCUGUCCUCGCUUCUCUCUCUCUCUCUCUGUCUCUCUCUCUGUCUCUCUGUCUCUCUCUCUGUCUCUCUCUCUGUCUCUCUUCUGACAUCUGUCUUCCUCUCUUCACCCUUGCUACUUUCAUGCUUUCUCUUUCAACCGUCUCUCCUGUCGCUUCCGGUAUGGGGAAGCAGCUCUCUCAAGAGGCCCCGCACAUCCUCACACACACACACGCACACACACACACACUUACACACACACACACACAGUUCUGUCUCCGAACAGGCUGUUUUGCUUGUACACACCAACGUUGAUACACACACACCCACACACCUCUGCAUGCUUCUUCUGUACACUCGUAUGCAUCUGCCAGCAUCUGUAAGGGCUACGCAUUGCCUUAAGGCUGAGUCCAUCUCUCUACAUCCCAGAGACCAGCUACGCGUUAGGUAGGGGUGAGGGAAUGAGCUACUGUAAUGGGUGGUGCUGGGACUCCCUCCCUACCUCCCCCCCUCCCCC